GACCAGCGGCCCCAGUGGAGCCAGCGGAGCCAUCGGCCCCAGUGGAGCCAGCGGAGCCAUCGGCCCCAGUGGAGCCAUCGACCCCAGUGGAGCCAGCGGAGCCAGCGGCCCAGUGGAGCCAGCGGAGGAGCCAGCGGCCCAAGUGGAGCCAGCGGAGGAGCUAGCGGCCCGAGUGGAGCCAGUGGAGCCAGCGGCCCCAGUGGAGGAGCCCAAGGAGCCAGCGGAGUCAGUGGAGGAGCCAGCCAAGGAGCAAGCGGCCCCAGUGGAGCCAGCGGCUUCAUCCGGAACGUCAUGGUGGGAGGGCCAGAGUGCCGUGGAUGACGCUGCGGAAGCUGCGGAAGUUCGCAGGAGGCCGCGAGAAAUCGAGAGCAGGCGAUUCAGCAAGAAGUCGACCGGCAUGGCCAUGCCUUUUCUCAUGGAGGUGCUUCAGGCUGUGGUAGGUUUGGUGAGGCGCCAAGAAGAAACACAGGCCCUUCUCCAGCGCAGUUUGGAAGCUGCCGCGGUCAAAAAGAAGAAAGAAAAGAAAAAGGCCAGAGUCGAAGCCCCGGAACACCAGUCAAGGAUGACCACGAUGACAAAUCAGAUCGCGGUCCCGGAGAUGCUUUGGGCUCUUCUGAUCCGGCGCUGA